AUGGGAACAGCUGGCAAUGGAGUUGGCUCUACACCAGGACUUUUUAGAGGUUACCAUGGUGAUCCGGUUCCAAUGCCCAACACGAAUCGCGCGCCUGGAGGAGAUCAGGUUUAUCUAGGGCAAGGAAGCAGUAGUGGUGUAGUCACGAGAGAACUGUGGAAGUUCACGAAGAUCGCCUUCGAAUCUACCUACAAGAAGCAGCACAAGUGCCAAGUUCACGAGGGAUACCUUCUGACAGCGAAGGACAAACGACCAGACAAGGACCCGCCAAGAGUCGAGAGCUACUCUAGCCUUAUCGACUGGCUGGGGGCGUUUGAAUCCUACCUACUACGACUAGUGUCAAAAAGGAGGCCAGAGCAGUACCUUUUCCCAGAAGAAUUAGAAAAUGAAAUAGUUGAAGAACUCAUCUUCUCGGGCGAAGGAGCGGACACUAAGAGGACUAAGUUCGGAAACGUCUUCAAAGAGAGCCAGAAGGUGAAGUUAAGACGGCUAAGAAUCACGCGUCGAUCGAGGUGGACACUUACGUGUGACAAUCUUACGAUCCGACUUUACGAGGUGUACAGACAUGCGUUUGUUCGAGGACGAGCCGAAAUGGAGCGAUUCAUGCAGUUCCGGCGCCGCAAAAACGAGCCCGACAUAGAAGUUCUUCAGCGAUAUGUCCAAGAGGCUGACGAGGCGAGCGUGAAUCUGUUUCCUAAUAGUCCAGAGGAACGCAACCACGUCUGGGAGGUAUUCAUCACAAAGGUGCCCGAUUUCGCACCACAGGAAGUUCACGAUAUGAUGGUGCAUACCAAUCUCGGCAGAACUGGGGUGCCGCACUUCGAGAACGUCCUCCCGUACAUGGAGUACCUGGAAGGUGUGAAAAUGAUGCAUCGUAGAGGAAAGGCAACUGAGCAGGAUGGAAUCACCGCAGGAGGUGCCCGCCAAGAUGACAUGGAAGACACUCCCCGUGUUGCCGCUGCUUCUGCUAGGACUGGAGAACAGGCUGCAGUAAAUGUCGUUGACCCGAAAUCGCGCUACAGCUACAACGCGAAGAACAAAAAGGGCAACUUCGGGGGAG